AUGCUCACUAACUCCAGAGAUCCUGGAUCCCCGGUCCAAGACGAAACCCAGCAGCAUGGAACGGAAAAGCAACUUUAUCAAACUCACCAGACACCAUUAUCUCCGUCCCCUGGAGCACAGUCCGCCACGGGCGACACAUGCAACCGUUCUAGGCCCCUUGGAGGUUUAGACUGUGAUCGAGAGAAGAAUCCACAGGGGUUUCCCGAGGAACUUCCCCAACACUCCUCCACCCGUUCGCCGGAUGCGCCAACCUCAGUCGAGCAGGAUCUCCCAAGAUCGUCCGGGGACUGUCCGUCGGACCUGUCAGCUCAUGGGGUGCCCGUGAGCCGUGUGACCACCGAUGCCGAUGGGAACACCUACCCUGAAGGCGGACGGGAUGCAUGGCUGGUGGUCCUGGGCAGCUUUGCGGGCCUUUUUGGCACUCUCGGCUUGGUAAACUCCAUCGGGACUUUCCAAGCCUACCUGGAGAACAAUCAGCUCAAAGAUCUAGGCUCUGGCAAAACUGGGUGGAUCUUCGGCAUGUAUGCCUUUCUCACCUUCUUCUGCGGUGUCCAAAUCGGCCCCAUCUUCGAUGCCAAGGGCCCCCGGCUGCUGGUUCUUGCUGGUUCUAUCUUGACCGUCGUGAUGAUGGUUACGAUAGGAUUCUGUACCCAGUAUUGGCACUUUAUGCUCGUCAUCGGCGUCACUGGAGGUCUAGGGACAUCUUUGAUCUUUACACCUGCGAUUUCUGCCGUCGGUCACUUCUUCAAUAAAAAGCGUGGUGUUGCAACUGGUAUUGCGGCAACGGGUGGUUCCGUAGGCGGUAUUGCUUUCCCCUUGAUCUUAGAAAGACUAUUCCCGCUUGUAGGGUUCGCAUGGGCAACUCGAGUUAUUGCCCUAAUUUGUUUGAUUCUGGUGGUUGUCGCAUGUCUCCUGGUGAAAUCGCGACUGCCCAAGAAGCCAGCCUCCAGGGAGAACGUUCUGCCUGACUUUCGCAUCCUCCGAGAGCCACGGUUUGCACUUACAACUGCUGGGAUCUUCUUUGUGGAAUGGGGCCUCUUCAUUCCGAUCAGCUACAUCUCUUCUUAUGCAUUGGCCCACGGUGUUUCUCAUUCAUUGUCCUACCAACUACUAGCCAUCCUCAAUGUGGGCUCUUUCUUUGGGCGAGGUAUCCCUGGGUUUGUUGCCGACUACCUGGGUCGAUUCAACACCCUGAUUGCCACCGUGGCACUAUGUCUAGUGUGCAAUGCCUGUCUCUGGCUCCCAGCCGGUGAUAACGUCCCUUUGAUGAUUGUAUACUGCGUCAUUUUUGGUUUUGCAAGUGGCAGCAAUAUCAGUCUUACCCCUGUCUGCAUUUCACAACUAUGCAAAAUCGAGAAUUAUGGGAGGUAUUACUCUACAGCGUACACGAUAGUAAGCUUUGGUACUUUGACAGGUAUCCCAAUCGCGGGUGAGAUCCUGGCUCGCUGCAACGGAGACUACUGGGGCCUCAUAGCCUUUACCACCUGCUGCUACGCUGUCGGUCUAGCCUGUGUAACUGCAGCCAAGUUGGUCCAUGUCGGAUGGCGUCAACCCUGGGCCCUCUAUUAA